CAACACAACAAAUCUCACUCACCAUUAAUUAGUACUGAUUCACAAAACUUCACAGAACCUUGUGUAGCAGCUAACAAACAACCAUGGUGGAAUAUGGGAAGACGGCGAGAGAUGUUGCACCUGCCGUGGUGGUUGUCGACCGGCAGUUCACCGUUUCCCGCGCUGUCAAUUUCACCGUCACCAGUACUCGCAGUUUGCUCUCCCCGAGCGACCAUUACAAGGCGACAGACAUCAACGGCGACGUGGUGCUCAAGGUGAAGGGUUUCUGCUUCAGCAGCCGCUGCCUCCUCCUCGAUGCUGCCGACACCCCUCUCCUCACCAUCAAACCAAAGGCAUUUACCUGUCACGAAACAUGGAGAGUGUUCAGAGGAGAGAGCACCAGCCCAAACGAUCUGUUGUUCAGCGUGCGAAAGUCGAAGAUAUUCCAGUGGAACGACAACUUCGAUGUGGUCUUGGCCAACAACACCAACCCAUCUGCCCCCUGUGAUUUUAAGAUGUCUGGACGGUGCAAGAACGGCACCAUUUGCAUUGGCAAAUCCGAUGAAAUCAUAGCUCAAAUGCAUCGCAAAACUGCAUGUUUUGCAAGGGACAAACGGGAGGUAACAGUAAAUCCGAACGUGGAUUACGUCUUCAUCCUGUCGUUGAUAAUUGUCCUUGAAGAGAUCAGAGCACGUCGUCGUCGAUCAAAUGCAGCGGCAGCGGGUGCAGUAAGCGGUGCAAUUGCAUUAAUUAUUUAAUAUCAAGUGCAUAUAUUGGAGAAAAGAUUAUAUAAUGA